AUGUCUAUGGGCUGGAAUGAUACAAUCAAGAUCGGUAAGAGCCACAACGGCAGCGCUGUCCAGCGCGAGACGGUCGUCCGCAGCCGAGCCCAGCUGAACGCUGCGCAACGCACGGGCUCCAUUGUGGCCACGGAGAAGAAGUACGCCACCGGCAACUCGACGUCCAAGCCGUCCGUCGAGGGCCAGCACCUGACCAAGGUCGAUCGGUCAGACGACAUUGUCAAGGUCAAGCAGAUUGGCAAGGAGAUUGGCGUCAUCAUUGCAGACCGCCGGUCCAAGAUGGAGCCCAAGAUGUCGCAAAAGGACCUGGCCGAUCGGUGCAACACAAAGCAGGCUAUCAUUGGCGCCAUGGAGCGCGGCGAGGGCCAGCCCGACCAGAAGGUUCUUGGUGCCAUUGAGCGGGUGCUCAACGUCAAGCUGCGAGGCUCCGACAUUGGCAAGCCCAAGUUUGAGAAGAAGAAAUAA